GUACACCAAUAUUGGAAUCGAUGUUCGAUCAAGCCACGACUAUGGGCGAUGGGAUCGCAGAGGAACGCAACCACCACCACCACCACCGUGGAUCCAACUCUCUGUGCCGUGACCGGAUGGACAAAUGCCAUACCGAACUUGGGAGCAGGUCGCCGGUGCAGAGUACAACCGAUACCGCGGGUACAUCGGCGUCUACCCCCACCUCCUCCAGUGAAGACGGACAUGAUAAACUGGACCCAGUGGACCCAGACUACUGCCAGAGGAUUUUAGUUCGAGGUUAGUAAGGAUGUAUUCUCUUUUUUUGUUGUUGUUGAGAAAAUUGUUUACAUCAAUAAUAUUAUCAAUCACAAUUUAAACAAUAAUAAUCAGUAUCAUAAUAUACAUUAUAUGAUCACAUAUAAUAAUAGCAGUACUUGCUAUGUACUAUAUGAGCCAACAAACGAUUCAGUAAUCAUUGGCAAACAAAAUACUUUAAAAACACAAACCAUCAUGUGUAUGUCUUAGUGUGUUUACUCGUGGUCAUGUUGUUUCCUUUGUUUGAGUUAAGGCAUAGUUAUAAAAAAUGUGAUAAUAAAUAAUGUAAGUUGUCCACACCCGCUUUGUUUAAAAGAAAGGGAACCACCUUUCUAGGCCUACUGCCAUGCAAAUAGUCUGGGCAGCCAUUUGAUUAGAUGUUGAGGAGUCUUAUGGCUUCGGGGUAGAAGCUGUUGAGAAGUCUUUUGGACCUAGACUUGGCGCUCCGGUACCGCUUGCCGUGCGGUAGCAGAGAGAACAGUCAAUGACUAGGGUGGCUGGAGUCUUUGACCAUUUUUAGGGCCUUCCUCUGACACCGCCUGGUAUAGAGGUCCUGGAUGGCAGGAAGCUUGGCCCAAGUGCUUUGCUAAAGGGCACACCAACAGAUUUCCCCCAUAGUCGGCUCGGGGAUUCAAACCAGCAACCUUUCGCGGUUACUGGCCAAAAGCUCUUAACCACUAGGCUACCUAUUUUAAUUUCAAAAUAUAUAAUUGUAUAAUUACUCUAUGUGUGAGUUAUGUGUUACUUUACCAUGUCCAAAUAUCUUAUAGUUGUAUGCAGCCAUGAUGGCAAUAAUGUUUCAAUAGUUUGUAGUAAAUUAUGACAAUAAUCAACCCCCUCAGCAAAAUUCCCUUCUCAAAGCACAACAAACCCACAGCCAUGCAUCUUUCAGAAAAAAAUAUAUUAUUAAAUGCAAAUCUAUGAGGAAAGUAUUGGUCUUCCAUAUUUGGUAUAUUACCAGUUAACUUCUUAAUGUUUAUUAAAACAUUAUAAAAUAGUUUCAGGAGUAUGCAUUGGUAAAACAUGUCACAUUGUUAAAGGUGUCCAAAAUUAUAUAAAAUGCUAUACUUACAUGUCUUAUAGUCGAUAGUAAUUAGGCUAUGUGACUGACUUAGAAUUAAAUGAAUUGAAUGCAACUCAAUAGUAGUGUUUAGAGCGUAUAUACAUAUGUAUUUGCACUGCUUUGCAGGGCUGUACAAUGCAUUAUGAUGUCAACAAACCCCAAAGAAUACAGGUGGAAAAAACAUGUUUGGGGAGAAAUAAUAGUCAUAGUGAACAGCAAAAACAUUUUAUUUAAGUUUAUGCCUAUUCAUAAUAUUCAAGUUGACCACGAAUUUAAAAAAGAUCAUAUCCAUGCCGCUUACCCAGAUAGUUUUCACACCAAUGUGGGAUGCAUAUCAGGAUAACAUGAUAUAUCAGCUAAUCAACAUGCAAAACUAUUACAGAAGCACUGACAAUAUCAAUAUCAGUCCUUACAAAAUAAAGUUCAACUUUCCCCCCUUCAUGUGCACAUUUGAUUUUCACCAAAUGUGCAACUAGCCCUUUCAUUUGAACAACGAUGAUCAUACACAUUGCCAACUGGAAAGUUCUACAUAAUUUAGUUCACUGCUCAUGCCCAGGCCCUGAAACAGUCUUGGUGGGGGAUGAAUCUGAAUAGAAAGCCGGUAAUUGUAGCAGGGAACGACCUCCGCUAAAUCCAAGAUAAAUCCGCAGUCCCCGGUGUCACUAUUUGUUUAUAAAGCUGACGAUUGAAUGCGCUGGAUACCUAGUGAGAACCCGGGGUCAGCGAAAGGUCAGCCUGUCUGUCCUACCUGCGACGUCCCGAUGCGCAUGCAAACUGUUUUAAAGGCCCUGUUAUAACGUUUUACAUUGAGAGGAUUUUAAUCUAGCGUGUUAUGAAUGGAUGAUGUAUUAGUCGGAAAUCAUAAAUAUUCGACAUGUUAGAAUUAAUCUCUGCAUGUCGCUCUGGCUAACACCAUGCUUGCAUGCCAUGGCAGUUGGGCUAUGGUGCCCGAGACUGUUCUGCAUAUAGGCCUAGAUGCUAUUUCCAGUGUAGCCAACACAUAUGGAGUCACUGACGGUAGUCUACUUCAUACAGAAAUAUAAACAUCUAUAAAAUGUGCAAUCUAUAGGCUGUAGUCAAUGGUGCAACCAUAUGUGUAGCCUAGAAAAUAUAUACCACUCAUGUGGCUGCAAUGACAAAGGAAACUUCUAAUAGUAGGCCUAAUGGUGGUUACGCAUGAAGCAGUAGGCCCAGAGCCAUGUAUUUACAUUAUAGGCCUGUUCCAUUCUGUCAAGGCUUCUAGAAUUUGAUGGACGUUUUGCUGGGGAAUUUAUAUGGAUUUAGGCGCAACAUUAUACGACAGAAAUGCUGUAGGGCUAUACCUCAUUUGACGAUUGUAUUUUAUUGUGGGAUCCAGCUGGGUUAGGCUAUAUGUAUAUGUUUCAGAUUUAUAUAUAUGUUUCAGAUGUAUUUAUCACUUAUAGGUGGGCCUAUCUAUUGUAAAGACUAUAUUAUUUCAAAAUACUGGACAUUUUUACAAAUCCGAUUUCGUUGAGGGAUUUAGAAAAUAUCUGGUUGGUAUAUUUUAUUCUCAUUUAUUGAUUGAUUUUAGUUUGAUUAGCCACAUGUUUUUAAAUCAUAUUUUGGACAGUGGACCUACAUUAUUUCAUUGUUUUCAGUCCCUCUUUCUAGCCUACUUGAGGAGCUUUUCGUUGUUUUAACCAUAUGUCCAGUAUUGGCUGACUGAUUAGUAUUGAACACAUCUCUUGUUUAGGGCAGGUUGUAGGCUAUGGAUGGGACCAUUGUGGCUUCGUAGGCAGUGGCAUUUGUUUAAAAAUAUAAAUUUUUCUAUUCCUUCUACAUUAACAGUCAUUUUGGACUUAUAGUAACUUUUAACUUUUCAAGAUAACGUUGCACAAUUUGUUUUGCACUCAACAGUUUUUUGGUAUUGCUAAAGGCAUAUUACCUCAUUUGAUAUAAAAAUACGCAUUUCAUGAUGUUGUAUGUAUUGAACCAAACAAUGUAAUAUUGUCCCAUAAAUUGCAAUAUUAUUGAUGCAUCAACUAGCCUAGGUUACGCUAGGCUACAUUCUCCAGGGUUCUAGUACGCAUGGCAAAUUCAGAAGUAUAAAUGAAAUAGAACUCUUAAAACAUGCUCUGCAAACAUUCGCUCUCGCUGAGGCAGACGAUGCACGUAAUAUUUAGUUAAAUUAGGUAUAAUUUAGAAAUGUGAUAGCGAUGUUUCUUUCAGCUCUCAUUUUUCCGGCCUUCUGGCUAUUCCUUUUAUGGAAUAUUCCUCAAACAUAUUGCAAUGCAACAACGGCCAGAAGCAUGUUUUUACCUUACUUCCAGUUCCAUGACAUAGCCGAAUGUAGCCUCCUCAGUUGAAAGUAUAGGAAAACUAUUCUAAGGCAUUUGAAGCGUAAAAUCUCUAACGGAUAUGCUUAUUAUCUCUGUGUGAGGUGCAUUGAGUUUUAUUUACGGAAAUUGUCAUUCUUACAAUAUAUACUAUUUUAUGCCUUUUCUGUAUUUAUUUCCCUAGUAGCUUGUCUAGCCUACGCUAUAAUUUCCAAGCAAGCAAACUACACGUACAUUUCCUCAUGCUGAAAAUAAUGAUCACUUCAAGAUUAUUCUAAAAUAGCGUGGGCCUAACAAUGUGAAAGCGCACAUUUGUGCCAUAAAGGAGCACAAUGUUUAACUAUGUCCAAAAAAUUAUGACAUUGGUACUACAGUAUAUGCAAUUGUAAUGUUAAGCAAAGUAGCCUAAGACUAUUCUUUGUAAUUGUGGCAUUUGACACUGUGUCUGACUGCAACAUCCACAGAUGCUAAGGGCACCAUCCGGGAGAUCGUGUUGCCAAAGGGUCUCGACCUCGACAGGCCAAAACGCACGCGGACCUCCUUCACUGCAGAGCAGCUCUACCGGCUCGAGCUCGAGUUCCAGCGCUGCCAGUAUGUAGUCGGCCGAGAGCGCACUGAGCUGGCGAGGCAGCUGAACCUGUCUGAGACACAGGUAAGAAACAGACAUCAUUUGACAGAGAUUUCCUCAGUCGUGGUGAGUUAUGGAUAAUAGAUUGAUAACCUGUUGUGCCAAUAAAGACAAAUAGUAAGUACCUUUAUGAGUCGCCAUUUGCAUAGGCCUAAAUAAUCAAAUAAUAGAUUACAUUUAUUUUACCGAAAGACAGUUUGAGUUUCAUGUUUAAAUUGUUUCUUUACCAGUUUAAAUAA